AUGAGCCGGACGACACUGAACGGGCAGAAGAAGUUGGUCAAGGCCCUUACCAUCCAAGCUUUAUUACCGCUAUUUUGUUUGUCACAAUCCGGAAUGUUUAUCUGGCAGCAGUUUAAAUUACCAUUCCACGAACACCUACCGUAUUAUGAAGAAGCCAUCUAUUUAUCAGUGGCUAUCGCUACUGUGUCGGCGCAAAGGAAAUUAGUUAAGGCGCUAACAAUUCAAGCAAUGCUCCCUUUUGCCAUGCUAACUUCAUCGCCACUAUUUUUGUGGGAGCAGUUUCAGUUACCAUUCGUCGAGUAUGUCCCCUACUACGAGGAGUGGGGAUUUUUGUCGUUGGCGUUGACCAGUGUCAUCAGCCCGCUCGUGACGAUCUACUACGUAUUACCCUAUCGACGAUGGAUCAUGAAGCUUUUCUGCAAGACUAAGCGGCUAGGGCCGACCACGGCUAAUUACGCUCCCACGAACGCCUCGACGCUGAAGGCGACGGAAGGCUCGAAUCUGAUGGAUCAAUUGAUA